GUAAUUUUGAAGCCAAUUUUAUCCAAUUCCAAGCAAAAUUCUUUUCUCGACUCUGAAGCAAUGAAAAUUAAAUAGAAUCAAACUUGGAUGCUUGAUAAAUCAUUGUCUCAGUCUUUUAAAAGAGGCAAUUGUGUGGAACCAAAUCAGCGCACUCUGGUAUGUGUUGUUGUAACUAGGAGCAAUGGCGGGAACAAACUGGGUUAUUGAGGUCAAUGAAAAACUUGAGAAGAUGAUUGAUGCUGAUAAUUCCAUGGAGGAAGAGCGCUGGAAGAAACGUGCAGCCUACAAAAUACCUGCAUUUGUCACAGACCUGAACAAGAAAGCCUACAGGCCUCAGGCAGUCUCAUUUGGUCCUUAUCAUCACGGGGAAGAUCAUCUGAAGCCAAUGGAGGAGCAUAAGCAACGAGCCCUGCUUCAUUUUCUAAAAAGAGCGAAAAAACCUCUACAAGUUUUCUUUGAAUCCUUAACUGGAUUAGUGCAGCUUUUAAAAGAAUCCUACGAUCCUCUUGAUAUAUCUUGGCAGGACAAUACUAGAUUUCUGCAAUUGAUGAUUCUUGAUGGCUGUUUCAUGCUGGAGAUCUUACGCGUUGCUACUCGUACUCUGGAUGACUAUGCCCGUAAUGAUCCAAUUUUUAGCAAUCAUGGGAAUCUCUAUGUCAUGCCUUACAUCAUGCGUGACAUGCUGAUGCUUGAAAAUCAAUUGCCAUUAUUGGUUCUUGACAAGCUGGUGGCUGUUGAAAGCGGUAAACCAAUGGAUGAAGAAUUUAUCAACAAUCUCAUCCUCAAGUUCUGCUUUCCUGAUACUCCUCUCUCAUGCCUGGGUAACUGCUUGCAUCCAUUGGAUGUAUACAGGAAGAAUUUACUUCAGAAUCAUGUUGGUGGGGAAAAGCCACACCGCAGCAGAUCACGAGGUAAACGCCGUAAAGGUGGUGAUAAUAUUAUCCGGUCAGCAACAGAGCUGAAUGAAGCUGGUAUCCGGUUCAAGAAAAGUAAAACUAGAAGCUUGAAAGACAUCUCAUUCCGGGGUGGAGUCCUUAGGCUUCCAGUAAUUGUGGUGGAUGAUGCAACCGAGUCAAUCUUCUUGAAUUUAAUGGCCUUUGAACGAUUCCAUGUUGGGGCAGGCAAUGAGGUGACAUCCUAUAUCUUUUUCAUGGACAACAUAAUUGACAGUGAGAGGGAUGUUGCCCUCCUACACUCGAGAGGGAUCAUCCAAAAUGCUAUUGGAAGUGACAAAGCUGUUGCUAAAUUGUUCAAUUCUCUGUCCAAGGAUAUUUCGCUAGACCCAAAUAGCAGCCUAAAUUUUGUGCAUCAGAAGAUCAAUGUCUACUGCAAGAAGGCUUGCAACGAGUGGCGUGCCAACCUUAUUCACACCUAUUUCAGAAAUCCCUGGGCCAUUCUGUCUCUUAUUGCUGCAGUCUUUCUUUUCGCCCUCACUAUUGCUCAAACCGUGUAUACUAUAUAUCCCUACUACCAAAAUAAUGAAUCUCCACCAUCACCAUCUACUUCUAUGCUUCCUCCCACACCCUCUCCUCUGCCUUAUUCAAAACCACCUUCAUCCCACCCCCGCCACUGAUUCCCAUCAUUCCGUCGGGGAAUCGGAAUCGACCUGUUAUCUCGGGCAGGUUUGCAAUUCUGGGUUAUUCUGUUUUCCUCUAGUAUUUCUGUUUUCAAUGAUAUUUGUUUGGUUGACCACGUCAGAGGUGGGUUUUAAUCAUAAAAUCUUCUAAGGCUUGCAACACAAGGUCACUGGGGCAAGCGGUGAUGUAUUAUAUCAUCAAUGGUGAAUGGAUUAAACUUUUGUUUGGAUGUGAGAAUUUGAAAUAUGAUAUUUAAAUUUAAUAAAAUAUAUAUUUUGUUUAA